GCACACCAAGAAAGAGAAGUAGAAGCACACAUGACAAAGAUGAGCCUGAUAAGAGGGAUUGGAAACAUUUCCAAUAGAUGGAGGGAACUCCAUGGCAUGAAUUAUUGGAAGGGGCUACUUGAUCCCCUCGACCUUGACCUUCGGAGGACUAUCAUCAACUACGGUGAGCUCUCCCAGGCAGCCUAUACUGGGUUAAACAGAGAGAAAAGAUCAAGGUAUGCUGGGUCUUGCCUCUUCAACCGCAGGGACUUCCUCAGCAGGGUAGAUGUAUCAAACCCAGAUUUGUAUGAGAUUACAAAGUUCAUAUAUGCAAUGUGUACAGUCAGCUUGCCUGAUGGCUUCAUGGUCAAGUCUCUGUCAAGGGCUGCAUGGAGCAGGCAGUCAAAUUGGAUGGGGUUUGUUGCAGUAGCUACAGAUGAGGGUAAGGAAUUACUUGGGAGGCGGGAUGUGGUGGUGGCGUGGCGUGGGACAAUACGGAUGGUAGAGUGGAUGGAUGAUCUUGAUAUUUCCUUGGUGCCUGCUUCAGAGAUAGUUCUUCCAGGCAGAGCAACUAAUCCCUGCGUGCAUGGAGGGUGGCUUUCUGUCUACACAAGUGCUGAUCCAGGGUCGCAAUACAAUCAAGACAGUGCAAGAUAUCAGCAGGUGUUGAAUGAGGUCAAAAGGAUACAGGAUUUGUACAAGAACGAGGAGACUAGCAUCACCAUAACAGGUCACAGCCUUGGGGCAGCACUUGCAACAAUCAACGCCAUCGACAUCGUCUCCAAUGGCUACAACAAGAGCUGCCCUGUGUCCGCAUUUGUCUUUGGAAGCCCUAGAGUUGGCAACCCCGACUUUCAGAAAGCAUUUGACAGCACAACGGAUCUGAGAUUGCUCCGAGUUAAAAACUUUUCUGAUGUGGUCCCAAAAUGGCCAAAGCUAGGAUACAAUGAUGUCGGUACAGAGCUAAUGGUCGACACAGGGGAAUCACCCUACCUGAAGGCCCCUGGAAACCCCUUAACUUGGCAUGACAUGGAGUGCUACAUGCAUGGUGUUGCUGGGACGCAGGGGAGCAGUGGAGGGUUCAAGUUGUUGGUUGAUCGAGAUAUUGCCUUGAUCAACAAACAUGAAGAUGCACUGAAGAAUGAGUAUUCAAUUCCAUCAUCAUGGUGGGUGGUACAGAACAAAGGUAUGGUGAAAGGCAAGGAUGGCCGGUGGCAUCUGGCCGACCAUGAGGAUGAUGACUGAUGUAGCCUAGCACUCACCAUUUACUAGUUUGUUACAGGGUCAGCUGUGCUUGUAUAUUUUGAUGGAUUAAUUAUCUCAUUGAGACAAGAAGUUACAAUUCACGAGCUCAAAAGGCAAAAUAAUGAAAACUACUUUGUGUGUC